CGCCCUCGCCGGGGCCCAUGCCCCCCAACGGCACGGGCGACGGCAAGCCCAAGGACGCGGCCUCCAGGGCGGUGGGGCUCUUCUUCAUGCUGCUCAUCGACCUGACGGCCAUCGUGGGCAACGCGGCCGUCAUGACCGUCAUCGUGAAGACGCCGGCGCUGCGCAAGUUCGUCUUCGUCUUCCACCUGUGCCUGGUGGACUUCCUGGCCGCCCUCACCCUCAUGCCGCUGGAGAUGCUCUCGGGCUCGGCCGUCUUCGACAGCCCCGUGCUCGGCGAGGCCAUGUGCCGCGUCUACCUGUUCCUCAGCGUCUGCUUCGUCAGCAUGUGCAUCCUCUCCAUCUCCACCAUCAACGUGGAGCGCUACUACUACGUGGUGCACCCCAUGCGCUACGAGGUGAAGAUGACGGUGGGGCUGGUGGCCUGCGUGCUGGUGGGCGUCUGGCUCAAGGCGGUGGCCACCUCGCUGGUGCCCGUGCUGGGCUGGCUCUCGCCGGAGCGGCCGCGGGCGCCCGCGGGCCGGGGCUGCUCGUUGCAAUGGAGCCGCGGGCCCUACUGCAAGUUCUUCGUGGUCUUCUUCGCCGCCUUCUACUUCCUCCUGCCCCUCCUCAUCAUCGUCGUGGUCUACUGCAGCAUGUUCAAGGUGGCGCGCGUGGCUGCCAUGCACCGCGGCCCGCCGCCCACGUGGCUCGAGACGCCGCGCCGGCGCUCCGAGUCGUGGAGACAGAUUGAGUUCACGGAGACUGGAACAAUGAUAUUUAAUUUCCUUGUCAGACUGGGACAUGUUGACUAA